UACAAAGCAGUUACAGGUAGAAGCAGAGCAAAAAUGUCGAUGAUACCAAGCAUCUUCGGCGGUGGACGAAGCAACAUUUUCGAUCCAUUCUCACAAGAAAUCUGGGAUCCAUUCCAGGGCUUCCCCUUCAACAACAACAACAACAAUUCGCUCACUUCCAUCCCUAAUUCGGCUCGUGAAACCUCUGUAGUGGCCAAUGCUCGCAUCGAUUGGAAGGAGACCCCUCAGGCUCACGUAUUUCAUGCCGAUCUCCCAGGACUGAAGAAGGAAGAGGUGAAGGUGGAGGUUGAGGAUGGGAAGGUUCUUCAGAUCAGCGGUGAGAGGAGCAGAGAGCAGGAAGAGAAGACAGACAAGUGGCACCGCGUGGAGAGGAGCAGCGGCAAGUUUGUGAGGCGGUUCAGGUUGCCUGAGAACGCCAAGAUGGAUCAAGUGAACGCCAAGAUGGAGAACGGGGUACUCACUGUCACCGUCCCCAAGGAGGAGGAAAAGAAACCUGAGGUUAAAACCAUCGAGAUCUCUGGCUAGCAGCUUGUUGUUUCUUGUGAUUUGUUGCUAAUGCUGCUUUUUGAUGUCGAAUUUGGUUGUAAAUAAGUCUAAUCUUUACGGUUUGGUGUUUCGUUUCGUUUCCAUGGUUUUGUAAUUAGCGUUUACCUAGCAGUACUAUGUGAGUAUGUU